AUGGACCCCCACAUCACCCGCGAACUCUCCAGGCUUGACCCCGCCAUUCCCUUCCGUGCCUCACUAUCUCAUCUCCACCAUACCUGGGCUAAAACCUUUUACUGGCACCCGGAACUCUACAUCCAACCUGAAACAGUCCCUGAGCUUCAAAAAAUCGUCACUCUUGCCCGCCGUUGCCGCCGCCGCCUCGUGACCGUCGGUAGUGCCCACUCUCCCUCUGACCUCACGUGCACCUCUGCAUGGCUCGUCAACCUUGAUAACUUCCGCCGCAUCCUCUCGUUCUCGCGCGACACGGGCGUCGUAACUGUAGAGGCGGGAAUACGGCUACGCGAUCUUUGCGUUGAAUUGGACAAAUAUGGCUUGGCGUUGUCAAAUCUAGGCAGCAUUAACGAGCAGAGCAUUGCUGGCUUGAUAUCGACUGGUUCCCAUGGCAGCUCAUUGAGAUAUGGACUGCUGUCGCAAUCUGUACUGGCUCUUAGCAUUCUACUGGCCAAUGGGCAGGUAGUGCGCUGCAGCGCUGAGAACAAUGUAGAGCUCUUCCGUGCCGCCCUCCUCUCGCUAGGCGCCAUCGGCAUCAUCACCGAGAUUACGCUGCAAGCCGUGCCGAGCUUCAAGAUCGCAUGGCAGCAGUCCAUGCAGUCGCUGCCUCAAGUACUAGAGGGGUGGGACACAGGCCUCUGGACGUCAUCGGAGUACGUGCGCGUUUGGUGGCUGCCAUACUGGAAACGAGCUGUCGUCUGGCGCGCGGAUAAGACCGAUUUGCCACUCCGCGCACCCCCUUCAAAUUUUUACGGUGGACGUGUUGGAAACCUCAUUUACCAUAAUUUAUUAUAUAUAUCUAAUUACAUCCCGUGUAUCCUUCCCUGGGUCGAAUGGUUCGUCUUCGGGAUGCAGUACGGCUUCCGCCCAGGAAAACUAAUUACUUCAGCUGUCGAACCAGGCCGGACAGGACUGCUCAUGGAUUGCCUCUAUUCACAAUUCGUCAACGAAUGGGCCCUUCCACUGGAGAAAGGCCCGGAGGCCAUCACCCGGCUCUCCGCUUGGAUAAACGGCGAUGCAGCCGUAGCCCGCAUCCCCUUCAGCUCUAAAGGUGUCUGGGUGCAUUCUCCUAUCGAAGUCCGUGUCUCGGAUACUUCCAAAUCCAACACUCCGCGCCCUUAUCUGGAUGCAUCACAUGCUUCUGGACCAACUCUCUUUCUCAAUGCCACACUGUACCGCCCACACCUGCGCGACCCUCCCUGUGUGGCUAGAUACUAUGAGGCGUUUGAAUGGCUGAUGCGCGAUCUAGGUGGACGUCCGCACUGGGCCAAGAAUUUCAGCUCCAGCACCGGAUACAAUGAGAUACGAGCUAUGUACGGUAAUGACCUAGAAGAGUGGCUGAGGGUGCGCAACGCAGCGGAUUUAGAUGGCAUGUUCCUUGGAGAAUGGCAUCGGAGAAACUUAUUUCCCGCUUCGUCUUAUUCAUCCACUGAUGACGGAGGGGACUGCUUCCCGCUCUCAGAGCGGGAACGGUCAAGGCAGAAACCUUCGAAUUUACGGGGUGUUGGGGAUGGGAUUGAAUAUUUUGGUGAUCAGAGAUGGAUGAAUGAUUCUACUUCUUCUGGUUCUGCAGCGGAGAAAUGGUCUGGCAGCGGCCAGCGAGAGGCUCAGGAUGGGAAUAAGAAUGAUAACGACCACUUUGGGCCGCCAAGCCCCCCGACAACAGCUGCCAGCGAGGAGAGCUUUGAUCACCUUGCCCAUGGAGAAGCCAGCCUCAUGCUGGAACAGAGAUAG